AUGGCGAAUUUAAUAGCAGAUACUCUGAGAGAAAUUUUCGAAUAUCAUAAAGAUGAUCCACAAACCCUUUAUAACUUGAUUACUGUCAAUCGACUAUGGUGUUGUCAAGCAAUUCCUUUAUUAUGGCGUAGACCUUUCGAAAUGACUACUCAAGAUAGAUACCAUUUAAUAAUUAGAACCUACGUAAUGUGCCUUUCAGAUAAAGCAUUAUCUCGAUUUAUGUUUGUUGGAAUCAAAUUAGACGAUUUUAAAAAACCUUUUUUCAAUUACCCAACAUAUUUGCAGAAUUUUGACUCUGAAAGAUUUCGUUUAGCACUUAAUAUAUGGAUAAGAAUGAAUGUCAUAAUUGGUACCGGAAUUAAUAGGCGAAAUCCAUUAAAUACAUUCUGUAAGCCUUUGAAGAAAAUUUUCGGUCCAAUUAUGAAAGACUGUUAUAAAAUUUCUCCUCCAAAUCUAUUUUACAAAGCGUUAAAUAAAUGCAUUGAACCAUUCAUUCAGGAUUACUAUGCGACACACCCGAAUUUUAGUGUAAUUAAAGAGGUUACGGAUUUGGUUUUUAGCCGAUGUAACAGAUUAAAGAACCUCAAGGUUUAUUUUGGAGAUGAGCAUACAUUAUCUUCAGCAGAAAUGAAUUUUGCUUUACUUACCAUCAAACACAACUCCUUGCUUAACCUUCAAAAAUUCGAAUUAGUUAUACGCACGCCAUCUUUAAGUAUUGAUAAUUUGCAAAAUAUGAAUAAUGCCUUAACGAAUCUCUUUACCAUGAUGUCUAAGUAUGCCACAAAAAUUCAGGAAAUGAAAAUUCAAUCUUAUGCAACCAAUUUGCCAAUAAAGGUUCAUGCCAGUCUUUAUCGAUUAAUUGAAUCGCAGAGAACACUUCAAUCAUUUAUGUCAAACUAUUUUUGGGAUGCUUCAAAUCCUUCGAUUUUUACCGCUUUGUUAAAUCAGUCACAUUCUUUAACUCGACUUUGUCUAUGGGGUUUAACACAUUUCGAUAACUCUUUGGUACUCGGAUUAUUAGAAUGGAACGCCCUGGAAGUAUUGGAAUUGAUGGGAUGUCCAGAUUUUCCUGUAUUUGCAGAUUUUACAAAGGGUCAACUAAGUAUCAGAAACCUUUAUAUCGGCAAUGGAUACUGUUCAUAUCCUUUUAUAACAACAAACUUAAUCAGGAUGAUAAAUUUAAACCUUCAAAAAUUGGUGGUAGAAGGUGCAACUCCAGAGAUUAUAGAUGCGGUCACAAUGAAUUGUCCACAGCUUACACAUUUAUCGCUCUGUGCUUAUCAGGAGAUAUUAGAAUCUCUUCCAAGAUUACUUUCAACUCUUUCACUGUUGGAAACAUUGAUUUUAGGAAAUCGAGAACAAUUUAUAUUUACAGAUGAUACUAUAUUACGAUUUUCACAAUCAAUUCCAUCUUCAUUGUGCGCACUAUUUCUGAACUUUAAUCUCUCAUCUCAAUCAUUGAGAGUACUUUUAACAGAAUGUUCAGCACCACUUCAUAAGUUAGAAUUACAUCAAAUACAAAAUAAGGAAUCAGAAUUGUUUUCUAUUCUGAUUCAAUAUACAAAAAAUAAUAAUUAUUUAAAAGAGUUAAAGUUAUACUUAUCUCCUUCUACUAGUUAUACAAAUCCUGUUAAUCUAGAUGUUUUGGAAAAUGCAAAGAGAUAUUUUACUAUUGUUAAACAAGAUACUACCAAACAUUCUUAUAAUCUUUGGUGA